AUGCCCGUGGGAUCCAAUGGCAGACGAGGCUUUCCUGCAUGGCCUCGUCGACAGGUUAGAAGUCUCCUGUUCCUGGCCAGCACAGUGUUGGUUAGCACUGCCGUUGGCACUCUCUUCGUUCCUGCCAGCUCCAAGACUCGUCUCGCGUCCAGUCGAAAGACCACUCGGGCAGCAGAAGGAAAGCCGUCGGAAGAAUACGACCAGUACGAUUGGCAACGUGUCUCAGGAUCCAGGAACGUGAGGGACGAGGUCUUGCCGGACUUGGCCGACUUGCCGGAUUUGCCGGACUUCGGCGAUCAGGAGGAAGUAAGCGGUGAAGGAGAGGUCAAAGCAAAAGUCCAGGUGCGUGAGGUGAACUUGCCGGACCUGCCGGGCCUCGACGAAGACCUUCUGCCCCCGGGGCCGAACCCGUGGUCCGACGGCGGCCUGGGCUUCCUGGAAUGGACGGGCAUCUGGGCGGGACUACUGACAGUGGUGCUCGCUGUGGGUGCCGGUGGCUCCUGGAUUAUCGCCAGGCUGCAGCUCGAGCCCGAGGUCGCGGGACAGCUCUUGGACUUCCUGAAGCCUCUGCUCAACGUCUACCAGCUCCUUUUCCUGGCUAGGGUCUUGCUAGCACAGUUCCCGAAGCUCAAGACGACGGAUUGGCCCUAUGCAAUCGUCCACUAUCCAACGGAGUUCGUCCUGGGUCCCACGCGCAUGAUUCUAAAGCCUGAAGCUGGUGUAGAUGUGUCGCCUUUCGUUUGGCUUCUCUUCACCUCCCUGGUGGCGGAGUUGCUCACAGGAUCCUUUGGCAUCCUGCAAAUGGUCAAGGACUCAUCUCGAUCACGCCUUGGCGACACAGUGAUGAGCAUUCGGUAG